AUGACCGAUAUUAUCAUCGACCAAACGCCUCCUAUUUUGCAUAAUCCUUCCGACAAGGAGAAGAAGUAUGACAGACAGCUCCGCCUAUGGGCUGCUAGUGGCCAACAAGCUCUGGAAGAUGCGCACAUUCUCCUGCUUAAUUCUGGAUCGGGGGCCGUUGGUAUCGAGACCUUGAAGAAUCUCGUUCUUCCAGGUAUUGGGAAGUUUACGAUUGCAGACGAGGCCAUUGUUGAUGAGGCUGAUCUUGGAGUCAACUUCUUCUUAGAGGAAUCCUCUCUGGGAAAGCUUAGAUCGGAAUGCUGCACAAAGCUUCUUCAAGAACUGAAUCCCGAUGUUAAAGGUGAUUGGUUUCCACAUGAGCAGGGUGAGACUUUAGAGCAUUUGUUUGGGAGUGAACAACGCUUUACCUUAAUCAUGUAUACCCUCCCGAUCGAACCCAAAAAAGUCGACCUCAUCCAUAAACAUGCCAGCAAGCACAAGAUACCCGUUAUUUCGAUUCACUCCGCAGGCUUUUACUCUUACUUUCGGAUACGCCUCCCUGGAAAUUUCCCAAUAGUCGAGACCCACCCGGAUUCCACUGCCACGACAGACUUAAGACUCCUUACCCCUUGGCCAGAGCUAUUGCAGUUCACGGAAAGUCUCACUGAAAAUAUUGAAAACCAGAGCGCACUUGAGCAUGGACAUAUACCAUACGUCGCCCUAUUACUGCAUUAUCUCGGAAAAUGGAAAGAUAUUCAUGGAUCGCUUCCCGCAACGUACAAAGAAAAGACAGCUUUUAGAGAUACCGUGGCUGCUGGGGCCCGUAGAGAUAACCCUGAGGGUGGAGAAGAAAAUUUUGAUGAAGCUGUUGCAGCUGUGUUGAAGACAACCUCUUUACCAACCCUGCCAAGCUCAGUGAAGGAGGUGUUUGACUACUCGCCGAGCGAUGUGCGUAUUGGUACCCAAAUCACAAGAGAACCUAUGCUAAUGGACUAUCAAAAUCAGAUGGAAGCUUCCUCGAGUUUCUGGAUCAUAGCUGGUGCUGUAAAACAGUUCUACACAAAGCAUGGUGCCCUCCCCCUGGCUGGCUCGGUACCAGAUAUGAAGGCUCAAUCUACUGUCUAUGUCAAGCUCCAGAACAUCUACAAGGCCAAAGCUCGUCAAGACGCCGCCGAAGUAUUGAAAAUAGUCAGGACCCACCCCAGUGGCAAAGAUAUCCCUGAGGCGGAGGUCGAGACCUUUUGCAAGAACGCUGCUUUUAUCAAGGUUAUCCGCGGCACAGAUACAGCUCCACUCAAUAUACAAGAUAUAGCAAACAAGGAAUUUGACAGCGAUGAGAAUGCGGCGCUGGCCUCGAUGCCUCUAUCAUUAUUUCCAAUAUAUAUAUCCUUAAAUGCAACAUCACAUGUUGCUUUUGCAAGUUCGUCCGAUAUACUUACCGCGAUCAGCAAAUCAAUUCCAAAUGCGGCUUCCAACUCACGCCUUGUCCAAGCUGCCGAGGAAGUAGCACGAGCAAAAGGUGGGGAACUGCACAAUAUCUCUGCUCUGACUGGUGGCAUGGCUGCACAGGAAGUGAUUAAAAUCAUCACAAAGCAAUAUAUACCGAUCGACAACACGUGUGUGUUCGAUGAGUUACUGGAUCUAGAGGCCGUGAUGAGGCGAAUUCUAGAAAUGAAAGGAAGAGAAUCAUACAUUGGCGGCGGUGUGGCUGGUCCUGAUAUCUUACGGUCAACGGCCUCGGCUUAG